UUUUAAAAAAUUGCUACAGUAGAACAACUUCGCAUAAAAUCAAUUAUUAUUCAAACUUUGUAAAGGAAAGUCUUUUGUCUCAAUAUGGGAAAUUAACAAUCUAAUUCGUAAAAAAAAUUAGAAAUAAUAUUAAUCUUGUUAAUGUAAAAAAAGAUUCAAAAAUUGUUUAAAUUAAAUACACAGAAUUAUAUUUCGCAGUGAUUCUCCUGAUGAUUGUUGAUUGUUUAUGUAAAUUUAGAAUAAUACAGACUUUAACUCUCUAUGGGCCCAUGUAACUUUCAAUUCACAUACUAGUAUAUAUCGAUAUUUUAUUAAUUUAUUUAAUUUAAGAAGAUCACAUGCAAUAUUUCCAGUGAAAGACAUGCAAAAGAUGAAAUAGCACAUUGGCCAAUUUUUCCGGAUAAGAGGGGACGUUGCAAAAAACAGGGGUGCACAAUCAAAAAAUAAAAUGUUCGAAAUGCAACGUAUAUCUUUGUUUAAUGUCAAGUAUAGAUUGUUUUAUGGAAUUCCAUACUUAAGCUUUUACAAGUGCAAACGUUAUGGCGAGAACGGUUUAACAGCUGAUGCUGAUGCCACAAAUAUACAUCUCGAUAGUGUCAGUGACAACCGAAUAUCGGGUGUCCUUAAAGAGAGAGUAUAAUUUAUAACUUUUUUAAUUAUACAUAAAUCAGAACGCUUAAUAAAAAAAGAGAGAAAUUACGGAAAAACUUGAUCGACAACAAUGUUUAGCACCAAGUCCUUCGACGUUGUGAGCUUCAAUUCGGAAUUGUCUACUGCGAGAUUGGAAACGUCCGCAAAUGUUCAAACAACAGAGAUAGUCUAUACCGCUGAUGAAACGCAGAGCACAGAGACAAGAAGUAUUGGGAUUCAAACAGUAAAUGGACAAAAAACAGAUGUACAAGUGGAUUAUGAUAAACUGGCAAAGUUUCUGAAAAAAGUCACGCCGGGGAUCCUGGAGGCCCUUGAUGAAGCUUAUGCUACUAAUGCUUUUGACGACUAUAAUCCAAAUGUAACCGAAGCAUCAUCCGCUAAUAUAGAACUAUUAAAAAAAAUAAGCACACCAAAGGAACCAGAUACUCAGAUUAAAAUAAGUGAUUUAUCUUGGAGCACCGUUGGUGGAACGUUAGCAGUAGGCUUCAGUCAUACUUAUCACGAAGCAUGGUGCGAUCAUCUUUCUACAGUCCAGUUAUACAAUCUCACAACUGAAGAUAAUAUUAUAGACGUGCCUAUUAGAACGUUAGAGACGAAUGGAUGUGUUACAACGCUGUGUUAUCAUCCAACAGAACCCUCUAUCCUCGCAGCCGGAUCUAAUUGGGAUGUAUUAAUCUGGAAUCUCAGGAACGACGAUUCCGUCGUACCCAUGCAUGUAUGCACGCAUGGCGACUGCGUGUCCCAAGUAUGCUGGAGACCAAGAUCCGUGAACGACGUGACCUUGUUGUUGAGUUCCAGCAGAGAUGGAUACAUAUUGAUUCACAAAUUGACGGCUAACUUUACAACCGUUCAGUUGCAUAAACGAUUCAAAAUAGUCAAGGAACGUAAUCCGGUGGAAAAUGCUAGGCCACGCAGCGCCGGAGGUAGCGAACGCGCUGCAGAAGCAGGACUGUGUAUCACAAGCUUCGAUUUUUCACUGAAGCAUCCCAGUAUAUUUAUCGUUGGAACACUAUGCGGUGGAAUUUAUAAAUGUAGCUUGGACAGCAUAACUCCUAUCGAAGGAGAUGCCACGCUUAUAGAUCCUGUAAUCGAUGAAUAUGAAAGACAUGGAGGUAGCAUUACCUGUAUUAAGUGCUCACCGUUACGCAAUUUGUUUGUCAGCAGUGCCACGGAUAAGGAAAUCCGUAUAUACAAUCUUGACGAGCAUGUCAGUCAUCAAACCAUUUCCGUGGAUAAUACAAUUGUGGGAUUAACAUGGAUGAUUGGCAAUCAAGACAUAUUCGCAGUUUACGGAGCAGGCGCGUGUGUAAAAUUCUACAACGUCACAGAUGGUAAACCCGUAGCGUAUGUGAAAGUUGAGGUGACUGGCAAAGAAAGUAUCAGCAGCUUAUGUAUAAAUUCCAAGAGAGAUAUGCUGGCUAUUGGAGAUGUUCGUGCGAAUGUUGAAAUAUGGAAAUUUCCACGUCACUUGUUUUGAACGUAGUUCUGAUUGACGCAAUUGCUUGCGCCAUUUGCUGAAUGGACUGACACAUCGCUAUGUAUGUUUUAUAUGUUGCACAUAUGUAUUGUAUGUAAAUGUUUAUACUGAAAUAAAUUGGAACAUUGAACUAUCUUUA